AUGGCAGAUCCAUUCGGGAUCAUUGGAGUCAUCGGCGUUGCAGGUCAAAUCAUCAAAGCGGGGGUUAAGCUAGGAAUUGAUUGGAAAGAAGCGCCGAGCGAUGUACGAAGCUUUUUGGGAGAGCUGGAGACGCUGAAAACAGUCCUUUCUGAGACCCACACCAACAUCAUCUUGAAUCAGGAGUUCAAAGACGCUUUCGAAGGGCGGCAGUCCACAGUACUUUCGUACCUUGCGGACGGAAACUCAUCCUCUGACCCCAGCACCCCGGGACUCAUCUCUGUUUGCCGGAUUGAGCUCGAAGAUCUCUUUACUAAGCUGCAGAAGCAGAGCGAAGGGCACCGUCUUGGCUGGGAUAGACUGAAGGGGGCUUUCAGGAGCGAACGAACCCACGCCGCUGUUGACGACCUUCAACGAAGAUGUCGGUUACUCAAUAGCAUGACAGCCAUUGAUAACGCUACGUUGACAGCAACAACUUUGGCGCAAGUCAAAAACGCAAGGAAUGAGAUGCGGCAGCAGCUCCAAGACGAAAACAAAGCCAUGAUUCUAGAUUGGCUGACGCCAAUGAAUUUCGCAGCACAACAAAGCGACAACAUUGAAAUAAGAUAUGCUGGCACCGGACAGUGGCUCCUUGACUGCCCCGAAUUCCAGACGUGGAUCCAAACUGAGAACAGCACUCUGUUUUGCCCCGGCUUGCCAGGCGCUGGCAAAACGAUCAUUGCGUCGGUCGUUGUUGAGUACUUGCACAAGCGGUUUUCCACUGAUCCAACAAUAGGAGUGGCAAUCAACACACGACCGUCAAAGAUGGAGUUAGUCAAUUUGAUACAAACAGUAGCAUCACUAUUCUCCAAAACGUUCAUCCUCAUUGAUGCUCUCGAUGAGCACCAAGCCCCCGAGGGCCUCCUAGAGACAAUCUCGGGAAUACAAAAACUCUCGAAUAUGAGUCUUUAUGCCACUUCUAGGUUCAUUCCAAGUAUCACUCAGCGAUUUCGAGACGACCAAAGGCUCGAAACUAGAGCUUCGGAUGGAGAUGUAGCUGAUUACUUGAACGGAAAUAUGGGACAGUUACCCACUUUUGUGAAGAGGAACACAGAUCUUCAAACACAGAUCAGAUCGAAGAUCGUGACGAGUGUGGACGGCAUGUUUCUUCUUGCAAAGCUACAUCUCCAGUCAUUGACUGGCAAAAGAUCACCAAAAGCCGUCAAAACCGCUUUGGAAACACUCGCCACUGGCUCCAGCUCUUAUGAUACUGCUUACGAUGAAGCCUUCGAACGAAUUGAAGGUCAACUAGAAGACCAAUCAGCACUUGCCAAGGAUGCAUUAUCGUGGAUUGUUUGCUCGAAAAGGCCGCUUCAGAUCGUUGAGUUACAAGAAGCUCUUGCAGUGGAGCAAGGUAUGACCGAGCUCGACGCGGAGAACCGGCCUGAAAUCGAAGAUGUCAUCUCGGCCUGCGCUGGGUUGCUCACAAUCGACGAAUAUAGUCGUGUAGUGCGGCUUGUGCAUUACACUACCCAGGAGUACUUCCAGCGGAACAAAACAAACCGACUUCCUGGAGCAGAAGCUCUGGUAGCAGCUGCUUGUGUAUCAUAUCUCAGCUUCGAUGUUUUCAAUGCGGGUCAGUGCAAAUAUCGGAAUGAACUAAGAGAUCGCAUCCAGGAUCAUCCACUUUACCACUACGCUUCAGUGAAUUGGGGAUACCACGUUCGGGAAUCACACCACGUCCAGGAAGAGGUCAUGUGUUUUUUGGAGGACCAGGAAAGACUGGGCGCCUCAGCACAGGGAGGUCUUCAGUCUUGUCUCGAACGGAAAUCGCUCGGAACAAACACAUUCUCUACAGGGAUCAUCAACCCGCACUUGCCACUGGAGGAAGCUCGAGAUCAAUGCACAGAACCCUGA